CUCGGCCUUACCUUUCCUUCGUUCACUUCUUUCCUUCCCUGUUCAACCUUCGUUCGCUCCCUCAAGUCAACAUGCGUCUCUCCGGCCUACUUGCAGUUGGCAUGGCUGCCAGCGCCAUGGCCAUUCCUGCCCUGACCACUCUGACCGUCACUGUAAUCGUCAACCAGACCUCGACCUUGCCUGGCGACAUGACUGCGACUACUACGCCUUCCGACAUGACUAUGACCACGCCUCUCGACUUGUCUACAACCAUUGCCAACGUCACCGAGACCAUGACUGCGACCACGACUGCGACUAGGACUAGGGCCAUGUCCAAGCCUCACUGGAGCCUUCCCUCCGACAUGUCUUGGGACUGGACUUCUUUCUUCGGUCAUCAUAGCUCCUCUUUCAGUUACGGCUACCAUACCUCUGUCUGGUCUUCUGUCACUCAGUUGUCGUCUGGUUACGGUUAUCAUUCCCCCAGCACCACGUCCAGUUACGGUUACAGUGCUCCCCGUCCAUCCUCGUCGCUGACCAGGCCCACCACUACUUCCGGAACGCCGACUACGACCAUGACCUCUUCCCACACGGAGACUGCCACUCCUUCCUCCGUCCCUGGCACCUGUGAGGAACUCCACCCCGAGGACCCCAAGUACUGCCAUGGUGUCGAGGAUGCUUACAACCGUCAUCGUCGCAACCACACCGUCCCUGAGAUGCACUGGAACCAGACGCUCUAUGAUAAGGCCUUGACCAUCGCUAACACCUGCAACUUCAGCCAUCAGGAUGCCAACUUUGGUGACGGCGGUCCAUGGGUUAGCCAGAAUCUUGUGUCCGGGUUCAAGCCGGCCAAUAUCGAGUGGGGUCUCUCAGAUAUCUACAACGGAGAGUUUGGCCAGCUCAAGGAUGAGGACUAUGGUAAUCCCAACGCGCCACUUAGUCACCUCACCGCUAUGGUCUGGAAGGAUUCCAUCACUGUCGGCUGCGCUACUGUGCUCUGCUAUAACAUGACUUGCACGCCUCAUGAUGGCGCUAAAGACUGUUAUCUCAAUCCUUUCCAGAACACGUGGUGGACCGUUUGCCACCACUUCCCUGGAGGCAAACUUGGAUUGACUCGCAUUCGCCAACUCCUCCACCCACCUCUUCGCCCAGUGCUCUUUAGCGCUGGUAACAUCCCCGGUCUCUACUCUGCAAACCUCAAUCGCUCUCGUGGCGACCCUACGGUGGAGGUGGACUUCGGCGACACCACUGACUACUGA